AUGGGUUAUCUCUUCCAAAGUCUUUGCCAUCUCAUUCCCUUCCUCCUUGUCACUACCACCCUCAAUCCACCACCUCCAGAAAAACCUGGUGACUACCAGGACACUUUCCCUCCAUUGUGGCAUUCUGCACCAGGGAACUUGGAGGAUUACCCAAUAAAGGACAACAAAAUUAUCAUCAAUGCCUGGAACUACAGGGAGAGACUGGGAGCAUAUAAGAUUUUGCUUGACUCUUCAGCUGAAUAUUUCGCUACACUUGCACCAAACAAUGCUGGCAACAUCCUGUGGGGGCUACCCUUACAGCAUGGUUGGCAAUACAGUACAGGCAGACUAGCAGAUCCACUGAACAUCACAACCUGUGGCCAUGAAAACGGAGACAGACUGUGCAUAUCUACACACAGUUGGUGGGCUAGCAUGAAUUACUACCUAGCAAUUAUUCCCUUUCUGGGCGCACUUGAAACUGGCUUAUAUGGAGAGUUGCCAUAUGAAGUAGAAGUGUUACCACCAGAGGAACAAAGUGCUGAUUUCUGUCACAGUGUGGUUGAAUGCAAUACCCAGGCACCAGCAGUUAUGGCUUCUUGGAGGGACUUUUUCAAGUAUCUCUUAUCUACUACCAUGGAGCCUGAAAGAUCUGCAGCACAGCCCUUCUCAAAAGAUGAAGCACUGAAGCACAUGUGGCACGCUCAUGUCCUCACCCUUGCUUAUGCCCUUCCAAAGUUUCAAAACCGGCUACCAUACCUCAGUCGCCCUGAAAGCAGUUUUGGAAAAGACUGGAGCACUGCUGUGGACUUCCUUGCAGCCGCACAUUUUUCUACGGACCAGAACACAAUAAACCAUUUCCAAACUGGAUUAUCACCAAGGAUGCUCUUUGUAGGAGAUAAAGCCCCAUUCAUUGAAGACUUCACGCCUACACAAAACAAAGUGUUGUUUCUGCUUGGUGCUCUUCGGAAGACAAAUGAGCUGACAGGAAAUAUUUUGUUGCUCUUGUGGAACAAAGCCAUGUCUACUGAAGAAGGAAGAAAAAUUGGCCGCCAACUUAUUGAAAGUGUGUUCUGAGAGUACAAAGUCCCUGGACAAAACACAGUUCUGCACUAGCCUGGUUAUUUUAACUGCUUCCCCAAUCAUGUAUCAACUUUUGGUAUAAUGCACUUAAUUCAAUUUGGUUCAACAUUGCUGGAAAAACCUAUCUCUUCAAUGUAUUCCACUUCUUUAGGUUUAUCUGUUUGGGAUCAAUAUAUGUCUAUGUAUCAGCCUGAUUGAUCCUGUUUCCCCCUCUUUAUCACACACACACACACACACACACACACACACACACACACACACUUUUUGAAGUAUAA